AUGACUGAGGACGAGAGAGUUCCAGUCUGGCUGGACGCCGACCCUGGCCACGACGACGUCUUCGCCAUCCUCCUGGCAGCAUAUCACCCAGGCAUCAAGCUUUUGGGCAUAUCAACCGUCUUUGGCAAUGCCCCGUUAGAGAGAACGACGUGGAAUGCCACCAGCGUGCUCACGGCCAUUGGGCAACAUGAGCACAUCCCCAUCUACCCGGGCGCCUCGUCGCCCCUCCAGAGGCCGCGCCUGUCCGAGAAUGCCGAGGACAUUCACGGCGAGAGCGGCCUGGAUGGGACCACCCUGCUGCCCGAGCCGCUCGUCCAGCCGCGAAGGGACGUGGCUGCCAUCGAUGCCGCUGCUACCGCCCUGCGGGCGUGUAAGCCAGGCACGGCGUGGGUCGUCGCGACGGGCAGCCUGACGAACGCGGCCAAGCUGUUCCAGACGUAUCCGGACUUGAUUGGUCAUGUCAAGGGGCUGAGUCUCAUGGGAGGUGCAGUGGGCGAUGGCUUCACCAGCGCUGUGUAUGGCAUUGUUGAUGGUAAGGCUCGCAUUGGAAACUGGACGCCCUGGGCCGAGUUCAACAUCAUCAUUGAUCCCGAGGCCUCGGCGUUCAUUUUUCACACCAAGGAACUCGCAGCCAAAACGACCAUCUUGCCUCUCGAUACGACACAUCUUGUGCUCGCGAGGCAGGAUGUUCAGGAGCUUCUCCUCUACGGUGCUGACAAGGUGUCUCUGAACGACUCGAAGACGGAGCCGGUCGAGACCACCGGGCCGAGGAUUGGCAAGACCGUGCUCCGAACGAUGCUCGUCGAGUUGCUCAUGUUCUUCGCAAAGACGUACAAGGACGUAUUCGGCAUCAUUGAAGGACCUCCUCUGCACGACCCGCUGGCGGUAGCCGCCGUGCUGACGGGCACCAAGUGGGAGAUUGCCUUUGAUGAGUGUGACCCCAACUCAUCCUCGGACAACCCGAACAAGCGCGAGCGAUUUGCUGUCCAGGUCAUCACCGAGGGUACCCACGACGACGCCCUACACCGGGGCUCUCAGCUGGGCCGGACCCUCGCAACGUUGCUUCCGGCUGGGGAGGAGGGCGUGCGGAUACCGAGGGGCGUCGACACCACAAAGUUCUGGCAGGUUCUCGAGGAAUGUGUCCAGCGUGCCGACGAAGCGAACGCUGCCGGCGCCGCCGCACCGAGAAAUUAG